AUGGCCAUCAGGCCCCAAUCACGCCGCAUUACGCUCGUGGGAGCCACCGGGUCUUUGGGAACCCAGGUCCUGUCAGCUCUCCUUGCAACCGGAGUCCACGACGUGUCUGUGAUCAUCCGGCCCGGAACGAGCACUGCUUUCAACGAGAGAGUUGCGGUGUACCCCGUUGAUCUGGAUGACGUGGACGCUCUCACCUGGUGCCUGGAGGGGCAAGAGGUCCUCAUCAUGACCCUCAGCCCAGACGGCUACAAUCAAGAGAUCUCCCUAAUCAAGGCCGCUGCAGCAGCGCGAGUCCCGUACAUCAUCCCGACCGAGUUCGGCUCUGAUCCCAUGCACCAGCGGCUGAACAGCGAAAUCUUCCUGGCGGAGAUGCAGCGGCCCUUCCGGGCAUUGAUCGAAGAACUCGGGGUCAGCGCAUGGAUCGGCGUCGUGACUGGGCUCUUCUUUGACUUCAACAUCCGGAAUGGCUUCUGGGGCCUGGACCUCGCGAAACGGUCCGUCCGCCUCUAUGACGACGGCCGCGUCCCGAUCAACACCACCACCCUGUCCUGGGUGGGCACCUCGUUGGCCCGCUUCUUUUCCAUGCCCGACCACUUCGUCCAGCGGUAUCGGAAUCAAUGGGUCUUCUUCAGUUCGUUCUUGGUCAGUCAGCGCGACGUGUGGGAGAGUGCCCAGCGAGCUACAGGUACCACCGAGGUGGACUGGCGGGUUGAGACAGUCGAUGCCAAGGCUUCAGCUGAACAAGCCAAGAAGAGCAUCCAGCAAGGAGACUGCGUGGCUGUGUUUAGCUUGCUGUUCGCGCUGACCUUCCAGGAUGGCUUUGGAUCCGACUUUUCGGACCGGGUCAUUGACUAUGGCGCGAUGGACCUGACUCCCCCGCCCCUUGAUGCUGUCCUCAAGGAGCUUGUGGAAGAGUGUACCUAA